AUGGCUUCUACCAACAUCCUUCGAAGACUCGCUCUGAAGGCCUCGCCUGUGCCUUCGAGGACCUUCCACAGCUCGGCCCGUGCCUGUAUAAAAGUUGGCGACUCGAUUCCUACGGUUGAUGGACUAGUAGAGUCUUCGCCAGGGAACAAGGUGAACCUGAGUGAGGAGAUUAAGAAGGGAAAAUCUCUCAUCAUUGGAGUCCCAGCAGCUUUCAGCCCGUCUUGUAGCGAGUCUCAUAUCCCCGGCUACAUCAACCACCAGAAACUCAAGUCUGCUGGUAGUGUUUUUGUUGUCGCUGUCAACGAUCCGUUUGUAACAAAAGCAUGGGGUGCGACUCUUGACCCAACCGGUAGUUCUGGUAUUCGUUUCCUGGGUGAUCCAACUGCCAAAUUCACAGAGGCACUUGAUCUGACAUUCGAUGGGACUGCUAUCUUCGGUGGGCCAAGAAGCAAGAGAUACGCACUCGAGGUCUCUGAUGGAAAGGUUGUUAAGAUCCAUGUCGAACCUGACAAUACUGGUCUUGAUGUGUCCGCUGCCGAGAAAGUCUUAGGCUGA